AUGAGCGCUCGAGCACUCGAAGUCUACCACUCGUGGAACCAAGACCAUCUGGUCCUGUACAAUCCUUGGCGAAAUGGAGUCAAUCGCAUCCCUUACUACAGUCAUCUCAUCGUCGCUCAUCCACGUUUGGAGCAGCAAGCUCUUCAAUACGCUCUGCUCCCGGGCAAUGGUCCUUACGAAGUCGAGCACGCACGCGGCGUUACCUUCGCUAAAACGCUGAUCCCAGGCGACAGUCGUCCCGGAACCGCCUGGAACCUGCGACAGAACGGUCGACCACCGUACGACGCUACCGCCUUCUGGCGUGUCGAUGCAAAUGGCGCCAGGCUGCUCAGGUUUGAUCUUUGGCCGGCGGGUGCAGAGACACAGCAACGCAUCGCUAUGCAGGAAGUCAUCGACCGCUUCCGACGUCGUUGA